AUGCCUCCAUUUUUCGGCGGCGAUGGUAGCGGUGACACCGACGAGGGCGAUCACAAGUCCAACCUAAUCGUGUCGGAUAUACUCGCAAAGACACCCCGAAUCAACGUCUUUUCGUCCCUCACACGGGACUUUGACCCGGUUGCAAGUCGGUUGAAUGAUAAGACACAGAAUACGACAGUCUUGGCACCUCUUAAUUCCGCCAUUAAUGCUCUACCGCGCAAGCCGUGGGAGGAUCCAGAGGAUUAUGAACGGUACGGCGAAGUGAAUGCUUACAAGGGCCCGGAUGGCGAGGAACGCGCAAAGCGGAAUUUGCAGCGGUUUGUGGAAGCCCAUCUUGUUCCGGCCAGUCCAUGGAAUGAGGGUGAAGAGAUAGCAACCAUUGGUGGGGGAGAAGUGAAAUGGGUUAAAGAAGGAGAGAAAAUAUUUAUUGAACCCGGUCACAUUGAAGUCGACAGUCUCGCUUCACAGGUGUCUAACGGCGAUGUUUGGGUUAUUAAAGGUGUCAUCAAUUAUAAAUAG